CGGGGUGAGAGAAGAAAGAUCGAAAAUCUGUCGACACAAAGAAAGCACGAGUAGAGGAGAAACAAGGUAAUGGAAAAGGAAGAUCGAAUAUCUCGUACGGUACAGAUACCAGGCGACCUAAGCAGGCCGGACGAAACUGUAUAGAAAAGAGAGGAGAAGAGAAGACGUAACGAUAGGCAGAGAUAAAGAAGCGCGAGAGAGAAGGUCGACCGGGUGCAGGACACGCACGUCGCGUCGGUGCGACUAGGAUGGAAAGACAAGAGAUCGUACUCGAUGCUCGUUGGGUGAAGUUAGCAGUCGAUGCGCACACGCCACGCGCUCCGGACGUACGUAUCGUUCCUCUCUCCGGUUCGGUGUCUCGUCGCGUCGCGUUGUCCGUUCGUUCCUUUCUUGGUUUGUCAACGUGUCCGUUUCGAGCCAGGGAAAUCUGCUGCGCGGCUUCCGCUCGAAAUUGUUUCCUCUGCGGCACUCUACACAACGGAAACUCGGUCGACCGACGAUCUUCAUCGUUCUCGAUCGUUUCUCUGCCGAACAGCCGCCGCAUGCGACCGGUUACGAAUUUCAAGAAAACCGAUCCUAUCAGUGUAGUGGUACAUUUAGAAUUCACGAUGCUUGUGAUAUAUUAGUAUCAGUGAGCUACUUAUUCUGUGCAGUUUUCAACAUUGCUGUGUAUGUCGAGUAUACUCGAGUUUAGGAUAAAACUACGACGUUACCUUAUCGGAAGACUUGGAUGGUUCCUUGGAAUGCUCGUUUCUCGUUGAUGCCUGAGCAAACCGGGUUCAGCCGUGAAAUCGAAAGCCAGAAGUCGAGGAACGCUCCAGCGGGAAGGCGCGUGGUGGUAAACUAGCGCGUCGUGCGCGCUCCUUCAAGGAGGACUUCCUGGAGAAGCUCUCCCAUAUGCGCUCUCCUGGUAGCGGAAGCGGAGGUGGAGGCAGUGGAGCGGCUACGAGGGCCGCCUCGCCCUCCUCGCCGCGAACACCGCGUGAUAAAAGCGCGCCCGGCUGCACCGAUGGCGCGACCACCCUCGACAAGAAUCCCCUCCGUGACCUGCAUAUUCACGUGCGACAGGUGCAACUGGCACUGCUUCACUUCCGGGACGUCGUGUCAAAGAAAAAGCUCGAGAUGCUGCCCGGCAACGGCACCAUCGUCCUCGAUACUGUUACCACCAUACACACUGUGCUGAAGUCCUAUCUCCUCUACGAGAACAGCUCUACUCUGGGAUCAGCGACGAACCAAGUGUAUCAAGCUCUAGCACAAUUAUUAAAACUCUGUGACGACGUGUUGCUGCACGGUGACCAGUCCUCUGCGUUGGAUACCGAGAACGUUACACACAUCAUAGGAUUAGUCGAAGAAGCUGUGAAAAACUUGGUUGCCCUGGCGAAUGAGAAGAUUACCAAUAGACAGAAACCUGUCGUCGUUACAACUAGUAAUAGAACGUCGUCUUAUGGAUCGGAAAUGACGCCGCAAAGAAAUUCUUUGCCUGAUAUUCCGUUAACGCCAAGGGAAAGGCAGAUUUUAGAGCAAACAGCUGCGACUACUAGUUUGGUCCGUAGCUCGCAUAGUUCAGAGUCGAUUUUAAGGGAUUCUAGUCCUCCCCCAAAACCGCCACUCCCCGAGAGAACUAAUAUGUGUCUGUCGGAAGAAAAUAGUUCUUCCGGUACACCGCCGCCAUUGCCACCGAAACGGAGAACGAGAGGUCAACAGUUGCUCGAUGAAUCCGAAGGUUUUUUAGCAUCUAGUCUCGACGGCGUUUCCCUACGAAGUCGAUCGCCGGAGGAUUCGUCGUCUCUUCUGAGCGCGUCGGCUGGCAGUUUGGAUUCGGCUUUGAACCAUUCCCGUGACGAAGAUGAGAUACGGGCGAUCAUGGGACCAAACGACGAGUCUCUGAACGACAGUAUGGAUCUCAGCCUGAUGGCCACUAUCCAAGGUAUGCAAGUUAAUGGUAGUUCAAACUGUAGUUGCUGGGACGGUUCCGAAACAAACAUACCAAGCACAAUGUUAUUGGGUCAACAAACUCCGCAAGAAAUGCUUAAUCCAUUUACCGGUAUAGAAGGGAAAAUGGAACGAUUAUCGACUCAAACGCAGGAAUCCGGUUUCGUAUCCAUGCAUUCGCAACGAAGUUCGUCUCAAAGUUAUACUACCUCCAGUAUAACGUCCAAAAGAUCUUCUCAGCAAAGCAGUAUUAGUUACAAUUCCCAAACGUUUAAUUCGCAACAAUCGUUCUCCCAAACAAAACUGUCUUCGGAUAAUAACGGGUCUAUUUUCACUCAGAAGACAAUGACUAGUACGAAGAGUACCGUUAGUACAACAAAUAUUUCCGGAACUGGAGAUCCUGCUGUAUUAGAAAAAUUGGUAAAUGAAAUGGAGUCGAUUUCUGCAUCGGACGCUAAUGGUGUGCCGCCAGCAUUGCCGGAAAAACGAUCGAAACGGAGGAAAGAACGUCAACCGUCACAGUACGACAAUGUACCUGAAAAUGAGCAUUUAUCAACCUGUAGUUUACAUACCAAUAACGGCGAUAAUACGGAUACCAGUAAACCCCCUCCAUUGCCGCUCAAGAAGAGGCAUAUGUUCCAAUCAGUGGCAUAUUCUGUCAUGGCAUACAUGGAGAUGUUUGGGAAUUGUUCUCACAGCAACAACGAUUUCAUCUCUGGUCUUGGGACCCGUCAUUCAGUGGCAGCUUAUAAUUCGAUGCAAGCGGAAUGGCAACAACACGAAAUGGCUCUUACUACGACACAAUCGUGUUCUUUCAUGGCACAUACUAUAACUACAUUACAUGACAAUUCAAAUACCUCCAUAACUAUGGCACCAUCACUAGCGGAAGUAACGAAUAAUUCUAGUCUCCCACCAGCAUUACCACCAAAGAGAUCCCGUUCCAUUAAAUCAAAUGCAACGCCACCGCCAAUUUCGCCAAAACCCACCAUUAGUAUGCAAAGCAUACAUACUAUCGAACCAAUCGUAACGUCAACACCAAUGAAAGUAGAGGAAUCUGGUUGUAUUCAUGAUAAAAAGGAGUUAUCACCUUUGUCUCCAGCGAAGUUGAAUAACGUUGCUUUGGACACUAUAUUACCGUCCUCAAGACCUGCGAGUAAUGCCUUAUCGUCGAUUUCCGUCGAUGAUAAUAACUUGGACUUGAGAGACGUGGAUCAAGACGAUACUAUUUUGGAUGAACUCGAUAUCAGCAACUAUUUAGUCUUCAAGAAACCAGACGAAGAAGGGCCAGAUAUAAGGGGUGGCCACCCGGAUGCAUUGUUAAUUCAUGCAACCAAAGCUAAUAAACAUGACGAGAAAGAAUCAGACUUUUUGUAUCAAGAGGCGUUUCUAACAACAUAUAGAACGUUCAUGCAACCAUUGGAGUUAAUUCAAAAAUUACACAAACGUCAUCAGCGAUUCUCUUGUUCUGCUGACGUUAUUAAACAAAGAGCAGCUCGUGAAGCAUUUUCCUUGUUGGUUAGAGUUGUCAGCGAUUUAACCAUGUCAGAUCUCGAUGAUACCCUCUUGCAAACUCUAAUGGAAUUCGUACAGCAAUUGGUAUGUAGCGGUGAUCUUACUAUGGCAAAAGCUUUGCGUGUUAAAAUUUUGGAAAAACACGCGGCGAAGCAGUUGCAAUCUACACAACCGAUUCUAUCUUCGUUGAGUGUAACAACGAAGCAAGCUUCCCUUCUCGAUUUCAAGAGUGAACAAAUUGCAGAACAAAUGACAUUGUUAGAUGCUGAUUUAUUCAUGAAGAUUGAGAUUCCGGAAGUACUAAUUUGGGCACAAGAACAGAAUGAAGAACGAAGUCCGAAUCUAACUAGGUUCACAGAACACUUUAACAAAAUGUCGUACUGGGCUAGAUCGAGAAUACUGGAACAUAGAUUAGAGAAUGAAGCGAAAGAUAGAGAGAAAUACGUUGUUAAAUUUAUCAAGAUAAUGAAACACCUUAGAAAAAUAAAUAAUUUCAAUAGCUACUUAGCCUUGCUUUCUGCGUUGGAUAGCGCGCCAAUUAGAAGGCUCGAAUGGCAGAAACAUAUUACAGAAGGUUUAAAAGAAUAUUGCGCUCUUAUUGAUAGUUCCAGUAGUUUCAGAGCUUACAGGCAAGCUCUGGCAGAAACACAACCGCCAUGCAUUCCGUACAUCGGACUUGUGUUACAAGAUCUUACAUUCGUGCAUAUUGGAAACAAUGAUUUGUUACCGGAUGGUACGAUAAAUUUUUCGAAAAGAUGGCAACAGUUUAAUAUCGUUGAAAACAUGAAAAGGUUCAAAAAAGGAACAUAUUCGUUCAAGAAACACGAACGUAUAAUAACGUUCUUCAAUAAUUUUAGCGAUUUCCUCUGUGAGGAAGCAAUGUGGCAGAUUUCCGAGAGUAUCAAGCCGCGCGGUGGAAAAAAAACACAGUCACAGAACUAGAAUAUAUCAAACCCUUUCACCGCCUGCGUCUCAAAAUCGAAAGGCUGAAUCAGUAAAUUAGAAUAUCUGUAGUUGUGAUGUUUAGGUAAAUUUACCUAAUUACGAGCCGAAUAAGAACGAUGUAACGCUUUAAGGGCCGGUGAAAGGGUUAGCUAUGUCUGUCCCGCUUCAACAACCUCUGUGAGGUUGUCUAUCCAAUUUUAUGGAAUAUUCGGUCUCUAUUGAAAAGUAAAACAGAAAAAAGAAUGCAAACAUUCAGUCAUUUAGAUCAAAUUGAGAUUUGAUGCGUGCGUGCGUAUAUAUGUGUGUGCGCGUGUGUGCGUGUGUGCGUGCGCGCGUGUGUUUUUGUUUUGUUUAAAAAUAUAAAUUGCGUGCACGGAUAUCGAUUGAAUCGAAAUACGUAUAGAGAGACUUUAAUGAAUUGGCUAGAUCAAUCAUGUCUCAAUGUAUUUUUGCAAUUUUUUCCUUUUUGCUAUAAGGUGGUUAGUAAGGGAGAAAAUCAUGUUUAUUAUGGAUCUAUGCAAUGUAUACUUAAACGAUACACAGCUGUAAUGAUGCUUAACUUGGCAUGAUGGAAAGAGCAACCUCCUCUCUCUAUCUCUAUCUCUAUCUCUCCCUCCCUCCCUCCCACCCUCCCUCUCCCCUCCCCUCUUCACUCUGCCCCGCACACACGCAUGCACUAGCUCUUCUAUAGAAAUAUACAUAUAUAUAUAUAUAUAUAUAUGUAUAAAAGCUAUUUAUUUAUUUGCUUUAUAUCGGCGAAUAGCGAUAUGUAAAAAGUAGUAAAUGUCAUACAUUUCUUUUUAAACUUAUUUAGGUAUAUAUGUAAACGUCCGUCAUAUAGAUCUGUUAUAGAUAGGCAAACUUAUCAAGCGUCAACAGAGAUACAUUUGUUGACUUCGCAAGGAAAAAACACCAAUUACGUUGAUUAAUGUAAAACAAUUAUAGCCUCAGAUCAGUGCAAAAAUGAUGCGCUUUUCCGAACACGUGGCACGACUGAGCGUAACUGUUACAUAUACUAUUGUAUAUGAUUCUAGGAAACAUUUUUUGUUGGAAACUCGUUAAUAGGUAUCCAAGAUUUCAGCUUUAAGACAAAUGGUUAUCUAAAAGUGCGUAGGUAAAUUAAGUGUAAAAAAAAAAGCCCACGAUUAGACGAAUUGGAUUGAUAUAUCAUUCGCAUUGCCCUUGUUUGUACCUUCGCCGAUAAUUCUAAUUACCUUUGAUAUCUUUUAUUAUUAGAUUCAAUUACUAGUUUCUCUGCGUUUAUAUUUUUCAGCAUUGUUAAUGAGAGUUUCCCUCAGGAUACAUUCCGAUGGAGUAAAAGAAAAUUAUUCGAUCAAUUUUAUCAACAUAGAAGAAACAUACUAAUUUUCUUAUUCUUUGUUAAACGCGUCGAAUUUUAAUGCGUGCAUCGAGUUUAUUUGAUUUCUUAAGAUAAAUGAUACCACUGUAAUGAUUUAUGGCUGUCUGUGUGCCUCAUAUUAUAGAGUGAAUGAAUUACGUCUAUUAACGUUUCUCCAGUCUCACGUUUGAUGAUAUAAAUAUCUUGUAUGCAUAAUUCAUGAACAAAACUAUAAUAAUCGGGCUUAAGAGAUAUGAAAAAGAAAAAAAAAAAAAGAAAAGAGGAGAGAUGUCACCGGUACGUUAACGCGAUAUACGUACGAUCGUACUGAUCGUACACUUUUAUCCACGUUAAAAAGAGGGCCUAAGCAAUUGAUGAGUAGCAUCGGUUUAUAAUCACACACAUGCCGUUAAUUAAAUUUUACCGAUAUAAAACACCGAGGAGGUAAAAGGUAAACAAGCCAUAAUUUAGUCUCAAGGUCUAGUUAGAGGUUAACUAUUGUAUACAUACAUAUAUAAAUUUGAUAAACGGUUGUCAAUUUCAAAACGUGCAUCAAGCACACGCACACGCGCGCGCGCGCGCGCACGCACACACACACACACACAAAAUUAUAUACAUACAUACGUCUUAUACACGUAAUAUAGUUUUCAAUUGAACUGUAAACGAAGAAUAAUAGACGCAAAAGACUUCUGUUUUCAUAAAAAUAGAUGCAUCCCGUUUGUCGCAGCUGUAAACAUUUUGAAAGACGCAAUCAAGGAAAAAGGUUAGUACUGGUUAUGAACUUUUAGACAAGCAUAUAUCCCCCUGUAAGCCCCAAUAAUUCACAAAUAACGAUAAUCACGUGUGGAUGAAUAUGCGAGUGUGUUUGGUGACAACCAGUUUUAUUUAAUAAGUUGGUACGUAUAAAAAUGGUUCGUCUAAUGUAAAGCUAAGAAAAGGUUAUUAACAUUGUAUGUAAAUAGUUUGUGAUUGUAUUCAUAAUUUCUUGUAUGUAUGCGAGUGCCCAUUUAUUAUUCAUACAAAUGCGCGCGCGCGCGCUCAGCAUAUUAUCUUUAUAUUAUCUUUACGCACGAUGUAAUUAAUCUUAUAUACUUUUUAAAUUAUGAACGAAGUCAUUGUGAUGCCAUUUUACAUUCUCACAUAAUAGCGGGCACAUUAUCUGUAUAUUUUUUUCAUUUCAGUUAGCUUAAGUCACGCAACGAACAGAUAUACAUAAAUUCUUCAUAACAGAAGAAAUAAAUUAAAAAGUUACUACAGUGGAUUCCGCUUAUUUGAGCCACCGGAUAUCCAAGGUAGCCGUUUAUUUGAAACGAAGCUGAAAGUAUAGAACCUGACCGAAUGAAUAAAAACCAUUUCUGGAUAAUCCUAAUUUUCUUCGCUCAAUUUCAUUAGUUGGAGUAGCAGCAUAUUUAGCCUUUUGGGAUAGAUGACUGCAGUAGUCUAUGAGAAAGAGAAGAUAGCGAGCGGGACGGCGCGACAUAGGGGCAAAUAAGACUACCAUUUCCUUUCCUUUGCUCAUCGUCACGUGGCUAUAUCUUAUUUGUAACGUAAUAUUUUCGGUCAGAACGAUUGCUUAUCUGUAUGAUUGCAUUAGCUGUAUUAGAUGUGACCAAUUAUAUCCGCAUUCCUUUGCCUUAUUAUCUUUUUACAGACGCAUUACUUAUGUAUCGCAUUUCUCUUUCGUUUCCGCUCGCUGUAACUUUGUCCUCUCAAAAUAUUCUCAUGAACUAUGUAGUUUGUUUUACAUCCUUUGUUAUCUUAACUACCUACGUAAUUCUGUAUUGACCUAUGUGAUACUUGGCAUAAUUGAGACAUCCGUUUAAUCGGGCUAACGCUAGUACUGAUGUGUCCUGAAUAACCGAAAUCCACUGUAUUUGUAACUUAAAAUUUUAUUCGCAGAACAGUAAGACAAAAUAUUAGAGAUCGACUUGUGAUACUUAUCCAUUUACAUGCCAUAAAAAGUGAAAGUAAAUGUAUAUAAAUACACGUACAUAUAUCUUUAAUAACAAAGCCAAAUUUACCGAUUUUUAUUUAUAUUAUAAAAUAAACUAUAAUUUUUUGUUGUAACGAGGAA